AUGGGAACGAUUAUGUCAUUCUGCUGGCGAAUUCUCUCCAGAUUUCCAUUCUCAAGAGGAAAACCAUCACUCACCCAGAAAGAACAACAGGAUAGCUACUCAAAACUGACGGUAAAUUGUUUAUUGGGGUGCAACUUCAGUAUGAUAAGUGACUAAACCUUCCGUCUGUAUGGAAUAUUCAGUCGAAAAUUGGUGAUUUUUUUCACAGUGACAUAAAUCAGUUAUCCCGCGGUCGAAGUAUUUUCGAGACUGCAAUCAGACUUUUAGAACAAAAUCGUUUCACCUUGACUAAGCAUACGUUUUGAGAUUGAUCAGGCAAAACUGUAUUUAGUACCAAACGUAAUUGUUUAGAAAUAUAUCAAAAAGAAAAUUUGAUUCCAAUUUUUUUGUCACAGCUUUGUGGUAAAAACUUUCCAAUCAUUUUCCUUCUCCUAAAUAAUAAUUAUGCAAGUGAAAGAAAGCAAACAAAUUGGAGCAAAUUCUCGAAUAAACACGAGAAGCUUAGUAUGUCUUCCAAAAUUCGUGCGUGCUUCGGCGUAAUGCAUCCAAAAAUAGGUAUCAAUUCCAUCUUUGAUUUUCUAUCAUUGCGUAAAUCUUUAAUUCCACUCAGAAUUUUAUGACGUCUAAACGAAGAUAAUUUUCGUAUUACCAUUAACGCACCACCAAUCAAAUCUCUUACCUUAAUUGGCCCACUGGGGAAUACCAUUAAAUCCUCACAUUUGGUUUCAGUUUAAGGAUUUGAAUUUUAAUAGAGUCAGAUUACGUCGAGGAUGCACAGCGAUAUUGUAUGUGUGAACAAGCGCAAUGGUUUUCGCGUAACAUAUAGCGUAUGUUUCUCAGACUUAUUUCCACAGAGCACAUAACAGUUCAAAGGAAAAUUGAAACGCACACCUGCGCAUUCGUUUGAAGAAAAUGAUCCAUCACUUGGAAGAAUUUGACUUCUCACUGAUGAAGCUGUUAGGUGCCUGUUGCUAGUUUUUUUGUUUUUGUUUUUCGUUUUGUAAUAAAUCAACUGACCUGUGGUUUUCUGAAUAAAUAAUGAGAGAUGAAGGAAGUUUUCAUUAAUUUUCACAGUUUGACUAGCAAAAGAGUACGUUAAAAUCUUUGAGAGAAGAAUUUCCUUUAUAUAAUAUUUGAUUCCAUAAAGGAUAAUUGAGGCAGAACUGAACCGGCACAAAAUCGUAGAUUCUUUUGAUUAAUAUAAGACCCGAUUUAGCUCAAUAUUUCUGCCACUGAUCACUAUAGGGCUUACCAAAUUCAAAAUAUUUUAAGAAUUCUUUUAGGAAUAGCAUAAUAAACACAUCUUAAUCCAAAAAGAAAAUUCAUUGCGAAGUGCAGGUGUCGAAGAAUUAUGACUUCGAGAGUAACCAGGAGUCAUUUUGUUGUGUACUUGAACAAUAGGGCAAUCUACUCUCGAAGUGUGUUUUGCCAUGAACUCGGGUGUAAAAGAAAAAAAUGGAUACAACAUCGGUACUAAAAUAAAAAGUGAGAAGAACAUUUCUGCUACGGUUCCUAGAAGUGCUCCAAACUGCGACGGUGUUUUGACUAGACAAAGAAAACUUGUCCACUUUAUUUGUAGCGAUAGUCGCUAGUUUGGCGACUAUUGUGUGACGGUCAUGUGUCAAGUCGUAUAAAGUUUUCGUACCAUAGUUUUCAUGGUCUGAAGUCUUAGUGAGUUACACAUUUUCAUACAUUGAAGAUUUUGAAUAAAGCUGGGCUUGGAACACUGCCUAGCUCGUUCUCCGUUUAAGUUUGUCAGACAUGGUGGGAAUGAGAGACGCUGCGACCCGUUUGAGUCAGUGCGCGUGCGCCGGACUAACGUUCGAGAAUCUUAGGAGUCAUUAGACCUUUCGGAAUAAAGGGUUAGCUGUUUCUGAAACAUAUUUUCCUCUUAAUCAGGACGUAUUAAGGAACGGUUCCAGAUGCUGUGCUGAUGUGAAGUGUGCAAGCUUGGCGCGGACAGCGAGGGAGCUUUUAUCAAAAAUGGAACAGAUUCAAACACAGCUGCAUAACGAAGUCGUGUUGUGGAAACUAAGGUACAUACGGGGUAUAUGCACGACAGAGAGUCGACAAAACUUCUACGAACUUCUUGGAAAGUUUAACUCCUUUCACGAAAUGCUUGACGCGAUCAUUGAAAAUGAAAAGAAGUAUAUAGAAGCCAUGGAACCGGAACAAAAAGGAGAAGAAGAAGAAGGAGGACAUAAAAGCGAAACCAUAGACGCGGAGCCAUCUGUAGUGUUAAUCGAAAAAUCAGGCACCGAAAAAAAGGCUUUGCGGAGAAGAAUUAAGUUCUUCACAAAAGUUCAUGAGCGCAACGUUAAACUGCUAUUUCUUGUUGUAAACGAAGUAGCAGAGUGCAGGUCGAUGGUGGAUACUUCAUGCAUCAACGGUCAAGAACUGUCGGAUAGCUUCGCGUCAGAAAUAACAGAAACUGGUAGAUUUUUGAGCGUGCUGGAGGAAUCGCAUGACGAAGAAUUAAUUGAAACUUCGUCAAAAAGGCUUGGUCCCAACAAGCCUGAAUGCACGAUUCAGAGGGUAGAUUCAACGCAAAAUUUGACGACUUGA